AUGGAUGAACUCAAGAUCAAUGAAGAGUCGACUCGUGCUGGUCGACCUCGGCGCCUGGGUUCAAACGCGGUCACGCAUGAAAUUCGUAUGCUGAGAGCGCAGGCAGCGUCGAUGGAAGACGAGCUUCAAGCGCUGCAAUCCAAGUGGCGCGACCAGCUUCAAGACGGUCGAAUACUUGCCACCGCUCAGGAGUCCGCCCGCGAGAAACACGCUACGUCCCAGGCCGAGAAGGUGCGCGAGGAUCUCCUGCAGUCACUUCAGCAACAGCAAUUGCUGUUUGCCACCCUCCAGACCGCGGUCGAUCACUCACCAUUCGAUUCAAGUGGCAAGGAAAUGUUUGAGGCGCUGCAUUUCGGUACCCGCCUCGGAAGUGAUCCAGCUGAGCGCGAGAAGCUGCUGCUCGAGCACCAUAAACGCUCGAUCACCACGCUGCCGUCCAUCGUGGAUAUAUUCUUGCAGAAGGCCAUUCACAGGCACCAAGAGAGUGAGGAGAGCGAUAAUCUACUGAAGACACCACUGUCUCGACUUGACGUCACUGGUUGCGAAGACUCCACGCUGGUGUCGAGCGUGUUCAUCAGCGAGAUUCCGUGCGCAUCACUGGAGCAAGUGUAUUCCGCCGUGCUGGCGUAUUUCGACGAUGUUCCGAGCUAUAUGAAGCGCCAUUUCAAUGUUCAUGCCGAGCGUACCAGGCUGAACAGCGCAAACUCUCCGGUGUUGUACCGUCGGUCAACUUUUGAGGGGUCGAAAAUGUCUGCGACGGUGAACAACAUCAUGUGCUCGGAGCUGACGGCAUCGUACGGCAUGGUUCACGUUGACGCCGUCACGGACGACCCCUUGCAUCCCGUGAUUGAGUCGGCAUCUUCGCAGUACAGCGUCUGCGGUCUCACAAUUACGCCUCUCAAGGAACCGCUAACAGGGCAGACGCUGUCUGUCAUGCUGCGAUGGUUGGUCGUGUACCGCUACAACAUGUUGCCGUACGACCCUCGCAUCAAAGAGAACCUGCAGGUUAUUCGGCCAAUCUUGAACGGAGACCUGAUCACUGCGUCCGUGUGUAGCUAUAUCCAGGAGAGGCAGAUGUGCUUCGAGGAUGGAGUCGAUAUCUGUCAGAAAUAA